UUUGCGACAGCUCCACUUCCGGUCCACCUGUCAGUUCAGAGUCCUCAUGGAGCUCGGCGAUUUACUGCGGUUCACACAUUGCGGGAACACCGUGUUCACGUCAGCAGACGCGGCGGGUCUGCGGUGUCCUGUUUGCGGGCAGGUGGUACGGUUCGCUUUGUCUGAGGCUCCGGUUCGAAUCCAGUGCCCGAUUCGAGAUGGACACCGCACGAGCUGCUGCUUCCUUGUGACGUCACAGAGCGGUGCUGUCGGCCUCGGUGAAGAGAAUUCAGAGCUUCAUGUUGGCAUCUCCAACUCAGAAGGCCUGGUGUUCAGUUAUACGGAGUCGGGCAUCCAGUGUCAGCAGCAGGGAUGGGAACAGAGCAUCAUCAUCCCUCUGGUCGCCCCCGGCAACCACAUCGUAGACUUUAAAAAACGGUGGGAUGCACAACUUGAGGCGUUUGCUGCUGUGGACACAUGGACGCCAGACAGGUUUCCGGAGGAAAGAGAGUUUGGCUCGUGUUGCUAUGGUUUCGCUCUGGGCUUCAUUAACCAAGUCAUGAUGUCACAGCGCAAGCGGCCAAUCAGCAGAGAGCAUUUCACCUGUGAUUAUGUUCUCCCCGGGAUUGAACGCGCAAACCGAUACCUGUCAGUGUUCCAGCACGUCUGUCGCCAUGGACACCAUUGUGGUCCAAAUGUUUUUCCAGUAAGGACCACAUACUGAACUUUGAAAAUAGCAACACAGUACACGUACUAAUAAGUUAUAUAUAUUUCAAGAAAGUCAUAAAACAUUGAAAUUAUGAUAAAAUGUCACAAAUAUAAGAUAAAAAAAUUACAUUAUGAGAAUGAAAGUCAUAAUUAUGAGAUAAGUCUGAAUUCUGUGCUAAUCAUUCAUUUUUUCUGAGCCUAUCCCAGAUGAAUAUGAAUUUGGGCGGGUGCCAGGGUAUAGCUUGGACUGGAAAAGUAAAAAUAAAGUCAUAAUUGUGGUAUAGGAAAGUCAUGAUUAUGAGAUAAAAUUUCCCUUUUUAUCUCAUAACUAAAAAUUAUUAUUUUUAAUCUCAACCUUUUACUUUCAUCAUGUAAUUAUGACUUUUUAUAUCAGAAUUUUGAAGUUCUUACCUAAUAAUUCUGACUUUCUGAUCUCUUAAUUUUUACUUUUCAUGUCAAAAUUAUGGCUUUCUAUUCUGAUAAUAUAACAUGUUUCAAUUAUGACUUGAUAUUUUUUUCUUUCAGUCAGAAAUGAAGCUUCCAUAGUUUAUGAAAAAUGAAACUUUUUUUGAAUAUUUCAUGGCACUAUUUCCCAGAAUCUUAAUUUUAGCGUUUACAAAUGUUCUAAUUUAUUGACUGAUUGUAAUCUAUUUUGAUGAAUGCUUGACAUGCACUUUGUAUGAGCUUGACUAUAAACCUUGCAAUCCA